CAAAAAAAAAAAAAAUCUUUUUUACUUCUCUCAAUCUCUGUCUUGUUUUUUUUGGCACAAUUUCCUUGUCAACUCGUGCAACAUCUCCAACAACAAUCCCAAUCAUUCUCAUAAACUCUUUUCAACCCAAUCUUUUAUCAAAUUCCAAUAAGAAGGAAAACAUUUUUUCCCUCCGAUGGCAUCUUCCGGCAACUCCGUGACCGUGACGGGAUCGCCGUGCGGCGCAUGCAAAUUCCUCCGGCGAAAAUGCCUGCCGGACUGCAUAUUCUCGCCGUACUUCUCGUCGGAGGAAUUGGGUCCGGCGAGAUUCGCCGCCAUACACAGAGUCUAUGGAGCAAGCAACGUCUGCAAGCUCUUACUUAACGUCCCCGUCCGCGACCGGUUCGACGCCGUCGUCUCUAUCGCCUACGAGGCCGAGGCUCGUCUCAGCGAUCCUGUCUAUGGCUGCGUCUCUCAUAUCUUCGCCCUCCAACAACAGGUAGCGGUCCUGCAAGCACAAGCGAUGCAACUGAAGGCUCAACUCGCUCACCACAACAUCGCAAUCUCGGAGGGGACUCGUCAUCACACGUGGCAACAAACAAGUGGGUUUCCGGUUAAUACAACACUGUACAAUCCGUACGGUAACGUGAGCCCUAGCCCGGUUUCACCGCAGAGUUCGUUAGAAUCGUUGGAUCAGAGCAGCACGAGCAGUGACGUCAGCAACGUGCAAGAGAGACGCGAUGGUUUUCGUGGAUUAGGGUUUCGCGAAGGUUAUUCGGACAAGAGGAGAUCAGUUACUCACUGUAAUAGCGAUUCAGGCGAGCUUCAAGCUUUGGCUCUUAGAAUGAUGAGGAACUGAUCAAUACCAGAACGAGUGAGAUUGGGUUUUUUUUUUUACUCUCGUUUUGCCCUUUUUUUUUAAACCUAGAAAAAGGAAAUUACUAUAUAUAUAUAGAGAGAGAGAGAGAGCGUUACCAAAAUAUAUAUAUAUAGAGAGAGAGAGUCAAACGACUACCCAAAAG